AUGUGGAACUCCGACAUGAUGAUGACUUCAAGUGAAUUCAAGUACGAGGAAUACAUCGGCAGCGUUUCCAAACCGCCUAAUAAGUCUAAUACUAGUAUUAUUGGUUUGUUUUCAAUGUCUCCGCUCCUAAUUAACCAAUUUGCUCCAGCCAACAACAAUAAUAACAAUAUUAUUAUUAACCGUGGUGAGGAGAAAAAAUACAGGAAAGAUGGUGACGAUGCCGUUGAGGAAAAGAAGAGGAAGAAAAGGGAGAACAACAAGAAAGCUUGGAGAAAGGCUCAAGAGAAACAACGCGCAAGAAAGACCCAACUGGAGUCGGAAAUUGAAAACAUUUGA